GAAAUCGGUGGACAUGGUGAAUUGGAGCGGCACCCAAGGGGUCACUGCGCGACAGCUCUUUCUUCCGGAGAACGAAGACCAGCUGCAGCGGCUCUUGCGCUGGGCCAGCGAGGCAAAACAGAAGAUCCGACCGGUGGGGAUGAAUUUGUCGCCCAAUGGACUGGCUCUGCAAGAGGCUGGGAUGCUGUCCAUGACUGAACUUGACCAGAUCAAAGGUAUCGACAAGCAGAAGGGUACCAUCACAGUGCAAGCAGGUGCUCGGGUCUCUCAAAUUCUGGAGGAGUUACAGAAACAGGGCUUGACCUUGGAAAAUUUCAGCUCGAUCACUGAGCAACAGAUUGCUGGCUGGACACAGGUUAGUGCGCAUGGAACUGGUGCUCGAAUUCCACCCGUGGACGAGAUGAUUCUCUCCAUGACGGUAGUGAGCCCUUCCAAAGGUGUCAUGAAGGUCUCGGAAGGCGAUGCCCUAUUCCCCUGGAUGCGAGUGGGCUUGGGAGCAUUGGCUGUAGUGCAGGAGAUGACUCUCAAGGUGAUCCCCAGAUACGUCCUGCAUGAGCGAACCUUCUGUUGUAGCUAUGAGGAGUUGGAAAAGAAUCACAAGCAGCUCCUGCAGAGCUACCGACAUGUGCGCUACAUGUGGGUCCCUUACACCGACACCAUUGUGGUGGUGGUUUCGGAUGUGGCGAAGGAAGGCGCCAAAGCGGUGCCCGCGCUGCCAGAGGAGCAACGGGUGGCGCCGUUGAAGAAGCUGCUGAAAGAUAUGGAUCCAGAUUGCGGUGACGUGGAGGGGAAAAGCUUUGCGGAGCUGCGUGAAAAGCUCCUGAUGCUGGAUCCAUUGAACCCUAAACACGUCGCCAAGGUGAACGGCGCAGAGGCAGAAUUCUGGCGCUUGUCCACUGGGGAGCGCAUCGCAGACAGCACUCAAAUCCUCGGCUUUGAAUGUGGUGGCGUGCAAUGGGUGCUGGAGAAUUGUUUUCCAUGUGGUACCAUUGAUGAACCCAACUUGAAGGACAUCAGGUAUGUGAAGGAGAUGAAAGAAAUCAUCGAACGUGAGCAGAUUGCAGCAGCUUCUCCCAUUGAACAACGAUGGACUUCCAGGAGCCGCAGCCCAAUGAGUCCAGCAUACUCCACACAGGAGAAUGCGCUCUUCUCAUGGGUGGGGGUGAUCAUGUACAUCACUUCGGAAGAACAGGCACCGGCGAUCAAAGAGAAGUUCCGAGCCUAUGCCAUGCGCCAUGCGGAUCUGACCUUCAAAUAUGAUGGCUUUUUCCAUUGGAGUAAGAUCGACCUUAACUUCCAUGCUGGGGAGCGGCGGAAGAUCUUGAAAGAGCAAUUUGCCAGGAAGUUUAACGUGCAGGAAUUUGGGCGGCUUAAGGCUGAGUUGGACCCCAACAACGUCCUCGGAAAUGCCAUCACCGCCAUGCUGGACAUGCUGCGCUGGUUCGCCAGUGCUCAGAUCCGAAAUGUGGCCGUGUUGGCUGGAAACAUCGCCACCGCCAGCCCCAUCUCUGACAUGAACCCUGUACUUAUGGCCCUGGAUGCCAGCUUGAUCCUGGCCUCUGCUGGGCAAGCUCCUCGCGAGGUCCCUAUGAAGGAGUUCUUCAAAAGCUAUCGCGUGGUCGACAUGCAAGCGGCGGAGGUCAUUUGUGCUAUCAAGGUGCCUAGCGCGGGAGACUUUGAGUUUGUCCGCAGCUUCAAACAGUUGGAAUUGCUGUGCAGCCGGGGGUGCCUGGCGCCCGAGGACCAAGUGGACCAAGUGGACCAAGAUCUUUGCAAAAUCUGCGCCGUGAGCCGCGAAUGGCGCGGCUAUGCAGAUGCAGAGGCCUCCUGGCAGACGGUGGCCAAAGUGGUGACCCUCCGACCCCUGCCGGUGAGCCUGGAAGGUGCUGCAGAAGCAUCGCAGGACUCCACUGGCUCCGCCAAGUGUCAGUUGUUACAACGCUACCGGCCAGCUUUCAAAGUAAGGCGGCAGGUGCUACAAUUGUUGAGGCGCAUCGCAGGCUUCUGGCAGCUCUGGUCCCCCGCGGUUUCUCUGGCCUUGCGACAGCGUCAGCGUCUCAAUGAGGCGAAACUGCAUCGCUUGGAGCAGCGCCUAGAGGCGCCGUUGCCAGAGGACUUUGCCGAGUUUUUACGAUGGUGUGAUGGUUUCGAAGUGGAGGCCUUUUGGUUUGCCGAAGCACAGCCGGGGGCCUUGGCCUUCCGAGUGGCGCGCCUGCUCUGUGCAGAGGAGAUGCUACAAAAGGCUCAGAGCAUAGCGAGCACAGGGUGGAUACCCAUCGCUUCUUCGCGUGAGGGCGCCCUCACGUGUCUGCGAGUGCAGGAGACUGAAAGCGCAGCAGCCUUUGGAGAACUCUGGUGUGGUUCUGCUCCCCGUGGUGACUUUGAUUUGACAAACCUCACUCGGCAGAGCACAUCUUUCAUCGAGUACCUUAAGGACUAUGUGGGGCUGUUGGAGAGCAUUCCUCAGCAAUAUGCGCAGGAGCAGUUGCUCACUCCCGGCAGUUUGAGUCAGGUUUUACCUCAGCUCUUUGCAUGCAACAGGAUUUAUUGUGACGAACGUUCUAGCUGUGUCACUACAGGCCUGGGGAAAGGCAAAGGCAACCUGUGGCAACGGCUGGAUCGCUCGCAGCCCCUGCGGAUCAUCUUCCCUCGCUUCGGCAAACAGGGCAAGCGCUCCGGGCGAAGCUUUGGCAGCUUCUGGUUGCAGUGA